AGCUUCCAUAUCCUCCAUAACUACCGAAAUCACAUCUCUUUCACUCCCCAUUCUUCUUCACCUUCCCUCACGCAGAAACCCUAAUCUUUACUCUGUUCAAAACCUCCGACACUCAAAUGCUUCACCCUGUGGAAGACGCCGACGAGCGGAGCCCCUUCGGCUCUCUCUCUGCCGACGACUUCUACGCUCGCCAUUCCGUCACUCACGGCUCCGAGUUCAUCACCAAUUCCAGAGGCCUUAAGCUAUUCACUCAGUGGUGGAUGCCUCUCCCUCCGAUUAAGCCUAUUGGAAUUAUCGCCAUCGUCCAUGGCUUCACCGGCGAAUCUAGCUGGUUCAUUCAACUCACUGCCGUACACUUCACUAAGGCUGGAUUUAUUACCUGUGCCAUCGAUCAUCAAGGUCAUGGAUUCUCCGAAGGCCUUCAGUACCACAUACCGGAUAUUAACCCUGUCGUCGACGACUGUAUUUCGUUUUUCGACUCGUUUCGUGACCGUCACGCGCCGUCGUUGCCUUCCUUCCUCUACGCCGAGUCGCUCGGCGGUGCGAUUGCGCUUCUCAUCACGCUUCGUCGGACAAACGGCUCGCGUCCGUGGAACGGCGUGGUUCUCAACGGCGCGAUGUGCGGAAUCAGCGCCAAGUUCAAACCGCCAUGGCCACUGGAGCAUUUUCUAUCACUAGCCGCUGCUCUGAUCCCGACUUGGCGAGUGAUUCCCACGCGCGGAUCUAUACCGGAGGUAUCCUUUAAAGUCGACUGGAAGCGGAAGCUUGCGGUGGCGAGUCCUCGGCGCGUGGUUGCUCGUCCACGCGCAGCGACGGCGCAGGAGCUCAUGAGAGUUUGUAGAGAGUUGCAGGAGAGGUUCGACGAGGUGGAGGUUCCGCUUCUGAUAGCACACGGCGGCGACGAUGUGAUCUGCGAUCCGGCGUGCGUGGAGGAGCUUUACCGACGGGCCGCCAGUAAAGACAAGACGCUGAAAAUAUAUCCAGGUAUGUGGCACCAGUUGAUUGGAGAGACUAAAGAGGAUGUGGAGCUUGUUUUUGGGGAUAUGGUUAAGUGGCUUCAAAUUAGAGCCGGCGGAGGUGGUUCUACGACGGCGGCCGGAGAAGAGUGACCCGCCGCCGAGGCUGAAUCUCUUCUCUGAUUUAAAUAAAUGUUAGGUAUGGAAAAGUAAGAUUCUCGUGAAAUUAGUUAAAAUAAAAUUAUAAUUUCUAAUCAUCGUCGUCGUCGUCCACCUCCCUGUUUCCCAAAUCUUCCGUUUUCCUGAUACGAAGCAUCAGCUCUGUUAUUGCUUUUAUGUAUCAUCCUCUGUCUCUUUUUCUGUAACAAGGAAUUUCAGGGGUUCAAUUAAUCAGCCAAUUUGUUGACACAUUUCGAGGUAUGAUUUCGAAAUUGAACCAAUAUUGUUAGGCGGAUGCUCAUUUCUCUGAUAA